AAUAUCCCAAUAAAAAACACUCAAAGCUUAGAAAACCCAAAAUGUUAGAAUGGUGAAUAUUCAUACAUACUAGUAUACCUACACCCAAAAAUACGGACCGCCUAACUUUAAAAAUUUGAGUUCACCAUUCUAGCAGCAACCAAAGAGAAACGUAGUCUAAGAGAGAGAAAGAAGAGGGGAAAUGGACGGCAGAGGAAUACUUAAGAAACCCAAGAGAGAGAUUGAAUCAGAUGGUGAAGAACAUCCCAACAAGAAAGAAACCAAUAAUCAUAAUUAUAAUCAUAAUCAUAAUCAUAAUCAUAAUCACAGUAGUAGCGAUGACGAUGAUGAAGACGCAAGCACGAGCAGAUACGAUGAACAAGAAGAAGCCCUCGUUGCUCUCUUUGAACAUCGCACUAAAGAAGUUGAACAUCUUAAUACCCGCAUCUCUUAUUACCAAUCUCAGCUUAAACAAGCACAGCAAAGGUUACAUGAUACAGAGACUAAAUUGGUUCAUGUUCGGCGCAAAAUAUGUGACAAGAAGUGGAAUUGUCAUAUUGAUCCCAAAAGGGAGGUGACGAAGGAGCAUAAAUCUAUUAGUUCUGUGAAUGGGGGCUCCUCUCAGCGCCAGCCACAAUCUAAACCGCAACUUUUGAUCCCAAGUGCUAAUCAGAAAUCUUCCCGGCCAAUGACUGUAGCUGGAACUGAUCCAAAAGCUUCACCCAGUCGCUAUGAUAGUCCCAUCAAGCCAAGAGGAGACAGAUCUCAUGGAACUCCUUCUAGACCGGAAGACACUAAAUCUCAGGCUGUAGCGCCUGUAGGGGUAAAGAGGAAGCUUGAAUGCAAAGAACAUAGAGAAUUAACAUCCAAAGUACGCAGCACUUCUUCACCGACUAUGAUUCAGUGCUAUGCAAGUACUCAUAUUUCGAGUCAGCAUAAAAGGAAGCUCAGAAGUUUGACUUUAUGUCCUAUGAUUGAUAAGCUCUUCAUUACCAGUGCACUCGAUGGAAUGGUGCACUUAUGGCAGAUCCAGGCAAAAGGAUCAGGUGCAACUCUUUUGAGCUCUACAGAAUGUCUAUCUCCAAAACAGAGGAGAUGGCCUGAAGAUAUAGCUUGGCAUCCGGAAGGGAAUAGGCUGGUUGCCGUAUAUAGUGCUGAUGGUGGGGAUAAUCAGAUAUCAGUGUUAAAUUUGAACAAAAGCCAGAGUACUCGUGUGUCUUUCCUGAAAGAGAAGCCGCACGUCAAGGGUAUAAUCAAUAGUGUCACAUUCAUGCCAUGGGAUGAUACUUACUUUGCGACAGGUGGUAGUGAUCAUGCUGUCGUAUUUUGGAAUGACAAAGAUGGAGGUGAUGAAUGGAAACCAAAGACAUUGCAUAGGAAUCUGCAUUCAUCUGCAGUGAUGGGAGUUGCUGGGAUGCAACACAAGCAGAUGGUAGUGUCUGCUGGUGCAGAUAAGAGAAUAAUUGGAUAUGACGUGCUUGCUGGAAGGGUGGAUUAUAAACAUCAAAUAGAAAGCAAAUGCAUGAGUGUGCUUCCUAAUCCUUGUGACUUCCACCUUUUCAUGGUUCAAACAGGGACUCCGGAAAGGCAACUUCGACUAUUUGAUAUUAGGCUGAGGAACUCAGAACUUCAUGCAUUUGGGUGGAAGCAAGAAAGCAGUGAAUCUCAGUCGGCUUUGAUUAAUCAGGCAUGGUCUCCUGAUGGUCUGUACCUGACUUCAGGGUCAGCAGACCCAAUGAUCCAUGUAUUUGAUAUCAGAUACAAUGCUCACAAGCCUUCUCAAUCUGUGAAAGCACAUAGCAAACGAGUUUUUAAGGCUGAGUGGCACCCCACAAUGCCACUUCUCAUCUCAAUAUCAUCUGACUUGAACAUUGGACUUCACAAGAUUUGAUAGUAAUUUCUACCUUCUGGUGAUCUGCACCAAAGUUUUGUUUCUCUUCUUUAUAUUUUCCUUAGGAUUUUGUCUUGGUCUUUGGGGACUCCUCAUCUCUUUUGGACUAGAAAAGAAAUUGCUAUUGUUUUAGGAAAUACAAACUUGUAAAAUGCUGCAAAAAUGCUAGUGCGGUGGGCUGUUGGUUGAUAAACAGAUCUUCUGCCUUGGUUAUACAAACAUGAUUUUUGGCCAGAAGGAGUAGAUUAAGCAGUCUAAUUGUUUGCCAUA